AUGCGGACGCCGACGGAGAUGAUCGUGGGGCUGGUGCUGUGCCCCUGCGGGCUCCUGCUGACGCUCACGGGCACGCUGGCACCCGCCUGGAGGCAGGUGAGCCUCGUACCUGACCAGCCCAUGGACGUCGUCUGGGAGCAGGGCAUUUGGGACAUAUGCAGGGAGCGGCAGAGCACCCAUGACCGCCUCUGCGGACAGGCUGACGAGCUGGGCUACUUUGAGCAGGUGCCCGUGCGGGUGGCCCAAGGGCUGAUGCCCUCCUCGCUGGUGGUCACCCUGGUGGGCUUGGUGGUGGCUACCCUGGGUGUUCGCUGCUGGCAGCCGGAGCCCCGGCACCUGGUGGCCGGCGUGGCGGGGCUGGUGCUGCUCCUCUCUGGGCUGAUGAGCCUCGUGCCCAGCUCCUGGUACACGCAGGAGCUGUGGGCACUGCCUGCAGCACCUGGCAGCACGCUGAGCGUAGGCUACAGCUUGGUACUGAGCUAUUUGGGAAGCUGUCUGGAGAUCCUGGGAGGGCUGGCCCUCGCCCUCAGCUUCCAUCACUGCUGCAAGGAGCGCAGGGCUCCCAAAUUGCCCCCCACCCCUGUGACAGAGGCUGGGUCGUGCACCAGUAGAGCUUACAGCAAUCCCUGGGAUGUGCUGGAGGAUGAGCAAGACGGACGGCACUGGGGGAGCAGACCACCUUGUGACUCUGACUUGUAG